GAGAGAGAAAGUGAAAUGACUUGGUCCGUCAUGAUAUCCAUAAACGCUCCAAGACUCGACCUCUCCGCCUCACUUCGUUCUUCCACUCGUACCCCAUUGGUCGCCGCUGGUGCAACGUCCACUGGUGUUUCCCUUUUCAGAAUGUCGUCGAGCCCUCUUCGUUUCGCUUCACUCUCUGUCUCAGCAUCUGCUUCUGAUGAUAACCACUUACCUAUCAUUUGUAAGAAGGAAGUUGUGUCUACAGAUAAAGCACCACCUGCUGUAGGACCAUACUCUCAGGCCAUCAAAGCCAACGGUUUCGUUUUCGUUUCAGGUGUUCUUGGACUUGUGCCUGAGGUUUGUUUCACGUCUUUUUAG